UGCUGCCAGCAUAACAUGGCUGUGGUAAACGGCAGGUUUGAAGGUCUCAUGUAUAGCCGCAGUAUCAGGGCACGCAGCCUGAACUGUGUGUACUGCAGCACGUUGUCCUCGCUGAAGAGAAGAGGAUUUAUUCCUGAGCUGUGCGUAGGCAAGCGAGUCACCCUACCGGGAGUUCCUGCUUGUCCGGUUAGCGCUGCUGCUGUUCCUGCUGCGCUCUGUGGGGUCCGGGGGUCACACCGACUGGGGAUCUUCAGGAGGUCGGUAGCAGCUACGUUCUUGUACGUCCCCAGGAGGAACAGAACGGUUUACUGGACUUCAAAUUCUGCCAUCAUGCCCGGUUCAAAGUCUCAAGACAUGGGCUCUGCCUUCGUCCAGACGCAGCAGCUCGGCGCUGCCAUGGCCGACACCUUCCUGGAGCACAUGUGCUUGCUGGACAUCGACUCUGAACCCACCACAGCCCGCAACACUGGCAUCAUCUGCACUAUUGGGCCAGCCUCCCGCUCUGUGGACAUGCUGAAGGAGAUGAUCAAGUCUGGGAUGAACAUCGCUCGCAUGAACUUCUCCCAUGGAUCUCACGAGUACCACUGUGAGACUAUUAAGAAUGUGCGUGAGGCCUGUGAGAGCUUUGAGCCUGGCAGCAUCCACUACCGCCCCGUGGCCAUCGCUCUGGACACAAAGGGACCUGAGAUCAGGACUGGACUUAUCAAAGGAAGUGGCACGUCUGAGGUGGAGCUGAAGAAGGGCAACAUGAUCAAGUUGACCCUGGAUGAUGCCUACCAGGAGAACUGUGAUGAAGACAAUCUGUGGCUGGACUACAAGAACAUCACCAGGGUGGUGGAGCAGGGCAGCAAGAUCUACAUCGACGAUGGACUCGUGUCCCUCCAGGUCAAGGAAAUCGGUGGUGACUACCUGAUGUGUGAGAUUGAGAAUGGAGGGACCCUGGGCAGUAAGAAGGGUGUGAACCUGCCUGGUGCUGCUGUGGACCUGCCUGCUGUCUCUGAGAAGGACAUCUCUGACCUGACCUUCGGCGUGGAGCAAGGAGUGGACAUGGUGUUUGCCUCUUUCAUCCGUAAAGCAGCCGACGUGCACGCUGUCAGGAAGGUGCUGGGAGAGAAGGGCAAGAACAUCAAGAUCAUCAGCAAGCUGGAGAACCAUGAGGGAGUGCGCAGGUUUGAUGAAAUCAUGGAAGCCAGUGAUGGCAUCAUGGUUGCCCGUGGUGACCUGGGAAUUGAGAUCCCCACAGAGAAGGUGUUCCUGGCCCAGAAGAUGAUGAUUGGCCGCUGCAACAGAGCCGGCAAGCCAAUCACCUGCGCCACACAGAUGUUGGAGAGCAUGAUCAAGAAGCCCAGGCCCACCCGUGCUGAGGGCAGUGACGUGGCCAACGCCGUGCUGGAUGGAGCUGACUGCAUCAUGCUGAGUGGAGAGACCGCCAAGGGAGACUACCCCCUGGAGGCUGUCCGCACACAGCACAUGAUUGCUCGGGAGGCUGAGGCAGCCACCUUUCACAGACAGCUGUUUGAGGAGCUGCGGCGCACCACCCACCUGACCCGGGACCCCUCUGAGGCCGUGGCCUGUGGCGCAGUGGAGUCCUCAUUCAAGUGCUGUGCUAGUGCCCUCGUCGUACUCACAAAGACCGGCAGGUCAGCCCACCUGAUCUCCAGGUACAGGCCCCGUGCCCCCAUCAUUGCUGUGACCCGUAACGGCCAGACCGCCCGCCAGGCCCACCUGUAUCGCGGGAUCUUCCCCGUCCUCUACAACAAGCCUGCCCACGACGUCUGGGCCGAGGACGUCGACCUCAGGGUCAACUUCGCCAUGGAAAUGGGCAAGGAGCGAGGUUUCUUCAAGGAGGGAGAUGUGGUGAUCGUCCUGACCGGUUGGCGCCCAGGCUCUGGCUAUACCAACACCAUGCGUGUGGUCGUGGUUCCUUGAAUUAUGACUACCCUCCUUUGCCCUUCUCACCCCUCCACUGUCUUGCCCUCCUUGUCCCUCUGCUCACCGCUCCCUGUCCCAACACCAGGGCUCAGACAGACUUGUACAGCCCACAACAAACACCUGGCCUUUUCUUCCUCCCCAAGAACAGGCCAGUGGUGGUGACUCGACCAAUAGGAAAUCUCCCCACUACAGUCCACCCCAGGGUUCCCCUCACGUAGGUGUGCUCUGUUCGCCCCCAGUCUCCAGGGUAUCUGUACGCGCCCACCAGAAACGGCUGUAUUUAUUCACACAAACAAAACCAUGUAUGAUUCUUACAUUCAAACCAGACUGAAAGAGCUACAACCUAGCCUGUCGGUCUGCGCGUCCCAGGCACCUCUGUUUUGAGAGGCAGGCGGGGCACACCUUAAGAGAGCCUGCUAUACUGUAACUUGUAAAAAUAAAAACACACACUCCAAUUCCUAUAAUGCAAACAAAAUGGUGGCAACCCGACGAACCGCUCUUUAAGGCCCUGUCAGUUAAACUCUUCCCCCAAACAUAGCCCCUUGUUGUGCUGUCUGUAUUUGCAUUGUGUUCUGUAUACUUUCUCUGCACUCCCAAUCUACUGUAGACAAUGUUACAUUCUGUAUUAUACUUGACUUUUGUGAAAGGUGAAUUUAGAUUCUGGGCAUCUAAUACUAUAUAUUUUGUCUAACCAUAGAAGUCUUAUAAUAGUUUGACAGGUUACUUUUUUUGUGUUGAAUUAUUCUUAGAAAGCCCUUACAUUUUGGUCAUAACUAAGUUGGCACUUAAGAACCACUGUGUAUGUAUGUAAGCUGCUACAUGGUUCUCUCAAAUGAAUGAUGUAUGAAUUCAGUACUUUGAGGGUUUUUCAGAGGGCACUGUGUGUGUGUGGGGGGGGGGGAUAAGAAAUGAGUUGGACCCCCCCCCCCUCAACCUCUUCUUUUCUCUUGCUCCUGUCUGUCGGUGACCUAGUGUGUAUGUGUCUAAAUGUCCAACUGCUUCUUUGAUUGUGAGGGUAGGGUGUAACACAAUGUUAACUGGUGUAAUGAGUUGUCCUUUACUACUGGAUUUCAAUCAUUAAAAGAGAUGAGCACC